AUGAACAUGAAGGAAUCGCUUACUGUAAAACCAAGAAUUGAAUGGGAUAAUAGAGGAGCAGUACAGCGGUUCAUAGAACUGCCGACAUACACAGAGGUCAACCCGGGCGAGGAUGCGUUGCUGAAGUGCCGGAUAUCCGACAAGAAAGGAGUCUGCUCCUGGCAGAAGGAUAAUAAGGUACGCCCCGACUUUACACGUCUGCAAAAACUGUUGGUGUCGAACAAAAGACGAACGGAAAAGGAUUUCGAAACGGAACGAUCCUGA